CGGCUCGUCGCGGUAUUCCAAAAGGGGUUUGCCUGCUGUACCAGCAGGGCGCGCAGCAGCUCAGUCACCAGCUGUGUGGCCAUCCAUCCAAGCCAACGAUUUCACUACCUUGAGUUGCCUUGGUUAGUACAGCCACACCCCACAUUCUCCUGGAGGUUGUAGCUAGCGGGCCCCGGAGCCACACAGGCACCCCCCAGCUUGCUCAUCCUUCCCCGGCCGCCCAUCGAGGCCCGAGCCCGGCCAAAUCUAGAAGCCGUGCGUAGUGAUAGUACAGUACGCAGUACUAGUAGGAUGGACCAGCAAAGGGGAGCGGCUCUGGCCGAGCGGGACCUGCCUCUCUUCGGUCUGGAGGAUGCCCUCGACCCCCUCUCGCCGCCGGCCUGGACAGGCCCCUUCCUUCCCGAUGAUUACUGUGGCGGCUACACACCAACAACCCCGUACUACGCAACCACCCAGCCGCUCGACAUCUUCGGAACGCUCGACAACAUAUUUCCGUCCCCUUGUCCUCCCCAACAACAGUUCCUCCACACAGAUCCCACGCUUAGUCCUGCCCCGGUGACUGCAUACAACGAUAACCAAUUGGCCGUUACGACGAGCCCGAGCUUGGCCUCGAGCUUCAGCAUUGACCCGCAGCAGGGCUUUGCAUACUCGUAUACCCAACGACACUGGACUCAGUGGCCCGACACAACCGAGACCAAAAGCACCGCUCGUCUGGACACUGCAAAGAUCCAAACAACAAGCCCACUCAACGACAAAAGCCAUAUGCGACGGCGCCAAGCCCCUGCAGCUGCUCACAGUCACACUUCGCAGAAGGCUCGCGGCCGCGGGAAACAUGGUAGAGCAACUGGAGUGCCGUCUACCCCCGUCGCCACGUUUGCGGCUACCCCUCCUAUCGCUGCUGCCCAUGGCCCAUGGCGCCCCUUGACUGUUGGAGAAGCCGGGGAAGGCGAAGCCCCAGAGGUCCGUGUCGAACCUGUCUCUGCCCUCAACCUCAUGAAUUCCCGUCGGUGCUGAUGCGGCGGGCCAAUUAACAAACACUACAACUUGUUGCAGGCGACCACGUCGAAGCACGGAACGUCCCCGAGUGGCUCUCUACGCACUCCUUCGGCGACUUCGAAGAAAGCGCGCAGGGCUAAGCCGCUCCCCGGCGCCACGAUUCUCGACGUCCUACCCGUGCAAGCCAAACCAAGCCCCGCUUCCGCUGUCGUCGUCGAUGGUACCCUAGUAGAUGUCAGCGGGGAUGACGCGAAUGGCAACGAUUUCCUCGACGAAGACGACGCUGAUGACGUAGGUGGCUACAACCACGAUGAAAACGAGGUUGAUGACGGCGGCGGCGGCUAU